AACAGCUUCACAGUUACUCUAUAUCAUAAAACCCAAAGACAAGACAAAGGACAAGACAAACAGCCAGCCCAUCAUGUCGUCCCCCCAGGCAAUCACCUCCAUCUCCCUCCACUCCCUCCCCAAGCUCUCCCAGGGCAAAGUCCGCGACCUCUUCGACCUCGACGCCAACACCCUCCUCUUCACGGCCACCGACCGCAUCUCGGCCUACGACGUCGUCCUCGCCAAUGGCGUGCCCCAAAAGGGCCUCAUCCUCACGCAGAUCUCGGCCCAUUGGUUCUCCGUGCUCGAGCAGAGGGUGCCCGGCCUGAAACACCACCUGCUAUCCCUGUCGGCCCCGGCCUCAGCUCCCUUGACGCCCGAGGAACGCGGCCUGCUGCGCGGACGAACCAUGACCUGUCGCAAGCUCAAGGUGUUCCCCAUUGAAGCUAUUGUGAGGGGCUACAUCACCGGCAGCGCAUGGAGCGAGUACGUCGCUCAUGGCACCGUCCAUGGCAUCCCCCAGCCGGCUGGGCUAGAGAAAUGCGGCGCGUUCCCGAACGGACCCAUCUACACUCCUUCCACCAAGGCCCCUGCCGGAGAGAAGGAUGAGAACAUCUCCCCCGAGCAGGCCGUCAAGAUCGUCGGCGAAAAGUACGCGGCUCGAAUCGCAGAGCUGAGUCUCUCGGUGUACAGCGCCGCCGCCGCUUAUGCCCGUGAACGUGGCAUCAUUGUGGCUGAUACCAAGUUCGAGUUCGCCUUGGACGAGGCCACCGACGAAGUUGUUCUGGUCGAUGAAGUCCUGACCCCUGACAGCUCAAGAUUCUGGAAUGCCGCCGAGUGGAAAGCCGGCGUCGAAGCCCCAUCGUACGACAAGCAGUACGUUCGGGACUAUCUCACCAGCAAUGGCCUCAAGGGCAAGCCGGAUGUCGAGCUUCCCGAAGCCGUCGUCAAAGAGACUGCGGCAAAGUACCAGGACGUGUUCGAGAAGCUAACGGGCAGGACGUUGGACCAAGCCCUGGCCGCUUUGGACGAGUCAUGAACGCCCGGAGUACCGUCCGAGUCAAUCCAAAUAAGAGACAGGCACACGCGUACUCAUGCACACACGUGCGAAUAGGAAUACAUAAACAAGCUGCAAGGCGUAUUGGGUUAAUAACACAUGAUUGGUCCCAGCCUAGUGGCUAGCCGAAAAAGAGAACACACAGCAGAUAGACGCCAAGGAAGAGAAAACAAGAAAAAAAGCACUCAUUUGUACAUCUCUCACUCUCAGGCAAGCCGAAGAAAUGGUACCAAAUCUUGACUCGG